UUUUACAGUUCGAAAGUAAACAGGAGUGUAAAAUACACUAACUCAGAUGAGGUUGGAUAAAACAAUGUCUAUAUUUAUGUGUGCAAUAUUAUUUUGGAUAUUGACUUUAAAGACAGCAGGCGCUACAGAAUGCUUGCAGUGCAUAGAUGGUACGUUUGUUACCACAAGCGUUCCUCCAACAUUUCAGACAUAUAUAAAAACUUUGGAGAAAGACAUAAACACGCCAAAGUGUGCAAAUGCGACGUCUGGUUCUCGACCAGGAAGUAUAACCAUUGGUCCAUGCGAAGAUAACCCCCCUAACAACAGAAUGAAUAAAUGUGGAACUUUAACUGGGACUGUCAACUUGACUCACUUAACAACUCACUUAGAUAUCAAAGCGACACUGACAGCUAGAGGUUGUUUUGCAGUUGAUAAAUACAUAGAGGAGGGAUGUUAUACAGAUAAGAAUAUGUUAAAUGACCAGAAAAUCGUACUUGAAAAAUAGUUCGGAAAAGGAAUUGAACUAUUCCAAAUACAAAUAGGAGAUAUAAACAAUGGUAAAUUAUGUAUAAGUGGAAGUAGUACAAUGUGUUCUUCACCUGUAUUAUUGAUACUGCUUAUAUUCAAGUUGAAACUAAUUGGACUAUUCAUAGAGUAGAUAUGCAGCGUUUUUUAACACUUAAAUAAAAACGAAGUAAAAAAAAACAAUGGUAUUUUGAUUAUUUUAUGCCUAGCUGAACAUUGUGUUUAUCUGAUGUAUAUUGAAAUGAUAGGAGUCAAACAUAGUGAAUUUCCUAAAAAUUGUGUUCUGGAAUAUCAUUCAGAAAUUUUGAGUUCUUUUACAAUUGGUACUAUGAAUCUGUUAUAUUAGUAGUGUCGCUGCCUGCACGAUUUCUGAAGAUAAACUUUUUGAGUAUAUGUUUUAUAUGGAAAACAAGUCUGUAUGAUCGGAGAAACAUGUAUAAAAUGCCAUAUAAGAGGGGCGAAAUAUACAAGAGGGAAACGACAAUACUUAAAAAAAUCUUUAUCUUUCACAAAAAUCCAGUCAGCUUCUACCUAUUUAUUACGUUUUUAAGUCCAUUGUUUAAUAUUAGAAUAACUUUUACGAUUUUGAUGAUAAAUGAUGUAAAGUUUAAAAUCAUUAAAGAUGAGAACAAAUGUAUUUCAAACUAUGGUUACCUUUUGAUACUGACAUCUUCGUAAUUAAAAAAGGAGCUAUGGUACAAAUUCGAGACGGACCGAAAGAACUAAAAAUGAUACAUUAUAUAGAAUAAAAAGAUUCGGUAGAUUGCUGAUGUGACAAAUUUUCACUAGGGAACAACUUAGAUGUUAUAGGUCACCGUACGACUUUUGAUAAUGUACAAAACCCAAACUGUAUCAUAAACGCUAUUAAAGGUACCGACAUUACAAAACGUACAACACUUCAAACGAGAAAACGAACAGGCUGAUGUUUGUGCAAAUUUUCAAAAUAACAACAGUU